AUGGAGCAGGACCACGUGCUAGCUGGUCCUGGGGGAUCCCAGGCGGUUGCAUCAUCAUCUUCUUCGGUGGUGCAGCCUCUUAGCGCUAGGCGGCGACAUCGGCCCGCUACCACCACCGACACCACAUCGACUGACUGUACUGGUGCCUCGGGGGCACCUCCAGAGGAACACCCAGGGCCGUGUCGGCAGCUGAAGACAGCGAAGGUCACCCGGGUGACCAACAGUCGUAUCAGCAUCGGAUAUGACGAGCGCCAUCGGGCUGCACCGACGGCGGACUUGCAUAGCUCCUUGGCCCACGACAUUGGCCACGUCGUUCGGACCCAUUGCCCGAUGCAAUGGAAGUCUUGGAAGGUCAUGCCUGACGAGAUCAAGAUGCAAGUUCGCGGCCAGUUGUUGACGAACUACCACUUAGAGGACAUCAACGAGGAGACCUUGGCGUACGUCAACAGACUCUUCGGUGAGAGGUACAAGCAGUGGAAGAGCGACUUGCACCACCAUUUUCAGGCGUUUGAUGAUCCGCAAGUCGCUCUUCAGGAGGGUUGCCCGAAGGAGCUUGAGGGGCGGGAGGAUAGUUGGGCGUGGCUCUGCGCUCAUUUUCAGGCGCCCGAUUAUGUGAAUAAAGCCCAAGUGAAUAAGGGCAAUAGGAAGAAGAAGACUCUUCUCCACCAUUCCGGCUCCAGGCCCUUCUCAUAUAGGAUGGAUGCACGGCGUCGGAGGGGGUCGAAAUUCCCAGAGAUCGACGUCUUUGGUGACGUUUAUGUUCGACCUGGGAAUGAGUUGGCCGAGUCCCUUCAUAUGCAUUUUUGA